UCAGCCCUCGCUGCAACCACGAAGGGCUCUCCCGGCCCCAAGCCGGGCGGCCCCGGUGCUUCUGCGCGACUCUGCCGAUACAUUGCACCUCUUCGGCGCUGAGCCAACUACGCCCUAGUCACCCAUCCUUCCCCACGCGGUGGCUCUCUACGCGGUAUCGAACAGCUUGUUUUUUCCAAAUGGUUUGAUAACAACAUUUUUUGAUGAUAACCAACCAUCUAGUAACAAGCGAGGUGCAGGCACGUGGCCAUGGAGGUUAUGAUUCUGAUUUCAGUGAUGAGGAGAGUGGAGAGAAGUCUCUGCAAAAGACUAAAAGAAAAGAGGAUGAUGGCCUUCUGGUAAAGCCAUUCCAAAAAGCAAAGCAAGGCGGUGUGGUUCACAGACAAUUCGCAGCUGAAGAAUGCGAUAGGGAAGAAGCAAGAAAAAGAAGAUUUCACUUGAUAUCAAUGAGUGCUUAUGAAAGACAUAAAAAGUUAGUGCAUGACUACAUUUUAUACUAUGGUGGCAAAAUAGAGGACUUCCGACGAACUGGAGCAAAUGACAAGACGGAUCUUGAUGUUAUUAGAGAAAACCAUAGAUUCCUGUGGAAUGAAGAAGAUGAAGCAGACAUGAAUUGGGAGAAGAGGCUUGCAAAGAAGUAUUAUGAUAAAUUGUUCAAAGAAUACUGCAUAGCAGAUCUCAGCAGAUACAAAGAGAAUAAGUUUGGAUUUAGAUGGCGACAUGAGAAAGAAGUAAUUUCAGGAAAAGGUCAGUUUUCUUGUGGAAAUAAGCACUGUGAUGAGCAAGAAGGCCUGAAGAGCUGGGAGGUGAAUUUUGGUUACAUUGAACAUGGUGAGAAGAGGAAUGCACUUGUGAAGUUGCGACUGUGUCCAGAAUGUUCCUACAAACUAAACUUUCAUCACCGGAGGAAAGAAGUCAAAACACACAAGAAAGGAGGCACAGCUGUACAGAACUCUGAAGAGCCAAAAAAUAAGAAGACAAAAUUAUCUCGUUCAGCAAAAAAGAAGUCCAAAAAAAAGACCCAUAAAGAUCAGGUUUCUUCAGAAGAUUCAGAUAAUUCUGAUAAAGAUUCUGAUAACAGUGAUGCAGAAGAUGGUCCUUCAGAUGCUGACAUUUGGAAAGGUCCUCUACAAAGUGCAGAUGAAAAAUCACGGGAGGAGGAGUUUGAUGAGUAUUUUCAAGACUUGUUUCUCUAAACCUUGAAAUUGAUGUAGGCUGACUUUCUUCAUGAAUUGUCAAGAUGGAAGUCUGGAAAUCUAGUCAUAAUUUCUCAGAGACCUCUUUCUGCCAGUAUACUUUUUCUGCAGUCACUCAUAUGAACCAUUUGGGUAGAUGAUCUCUGUGGAAGGCUUCAAAUCUAAAACCUUUAUUUCACGUUAGGCUGUGUACUCGUGAAACAAGAGAAAUAACUUUUUCAGUGCAAAAGAUAUAUGGCACCCAGACUUAAACAAACAAUAUGGUUUAUUGACAUUACAUCACGGAACUUCACUGCUUUUUAUUUUAUCCCGAACUUCAGUUAUUGUCAGAUUUUUAUAAAGGAGUAUUUAUAAGUCUUUGUGAGUAGUUUAAAGUCAUACACUUUAAUUUUUUUGUAUUUUUUAUUUAUUUAGCAAGAGUUAAUGGCCUUAAAUUUAUUGGUCAUGUAGACUUUAAUAUUCAGGUAUUAGUCUCUGUAAGUAUUUUCAAGUGCUAUUGGAGAAGUUCAAAUUUUAUCCAGUAUGUAAUCUGCUUGAAUUAAGUAAAUUGUUUGUGAAAUGUCUCCCAUUUUAUUGUGACCUUGUUUUAAAUUUUAACUAAAAUGUGAUGUGUCUUAUAAUACCGUUUUUGAAAAUUUGGUUGUUGGUGAAAUUUUUGAUGUAGAACAUAUGUGUGUGGCUUUCUACCGGAGAUGUACAUGUGACUUUUAUGUUAUCUGUGGCUUCUGAUCUCCUUUCCAUUAAUUGAAUGUUAAUCCUUCUUUAAAGUGUAAUCCUAAAUAUACAAGUAAAGCAUGUAUAUUGCUUGAGAAACUUACUGGAUUCUUCUACCUCUUCAAAGUGCAGCAUAUCUUUAAAGAUUCAUUUGGUUCUGUUUCACAAGAAACAGUCUGCACAUGAAUAAGUACAGUGGGUAUUUUUUUCUGUCAAGUGAAAAUUACUUUGGAUAUGAGGAACAAACUUUUUUAAAUUAAAUUUUCUUGUUAUUCUGAGGAAAACUACUGUUGUAUAAAAUAAAUCUUUUGAUAAGUACUUCUCACUGUAGAUAUAUGUAUAGAAAGUAUUUAUAGUAAGCAUUCAAUGUGGAAAAUGGAACAGCAGAGAUGGUUGCAGUAUAUUUAUGAACAUUUUACAUGCACUCAUAUGAAUAAGUUGAGAACUCUAUUUACAAGGUAUUACUUAAUAAAAUUACACUUUAAACAGUUUGUACUUACAUAAUAGAUGACAGUACAAGGACGUAUUUAGGGUGUCCUUGAGUAAGAAAUAAACGUAUCCUUGCAUGAAGGCUUCUUUAGGUAAGAAGGUGGAUUUAAAGGUUAAUUCUCUGUCAUCUUGCAAGCUUGGUUGAGAGUCAAAUCCAAUCUGCAGCAAUCUGCUUACACAUGUGCAACUUGCCCAAAGGGGCUUUGGUCGAAUGCAUUGCUAUAUUUGUUGCUUCAAGUAUUGCAUAUUAAGUAUGUGUUCUGGAUAACUAACUCCUCUUUGAGUCUUUAAAAUACAGUUAUAAAAAUUUACAGUAUACAUAGUAAAUACAUAAUUUAAUACAGUUUGAAUAAAAUUACAUUAUCAAACAA